UAUAAAUAUGAAACGUCGGCACCGCGAUGUACUCCUGGAGAGAAUUUCAACGACAGGCACACUUUCAUGGCUGAUAAGAGCACUUCGAGUGUGGUCCACACGGAGAUUCAAGCGGCUGCAGUAAUGGUUUGCAAAGAAACUGCUACCCUUCCCAGAAUAGAGCCACCGAAGCGAAAUGUAGCUGUCCCCCUUUCCCCAUCAUCGUCAUCAGUCGACCAACGUUCGGAAGAUCUAAUGGGUGAUAUAAAGGCAGACAGAGACAGGAAUGCGAAAGAAGAAAUCAUCAGUGUGUUACGUGAAACUAGUAUGUUUGCAGCACAGCCAGAAGAGCUAGCGAAUCGAAUAUUAGAACAGUUGAAGGAAAUGUUUAAUGUUGUUGAUGAAUCUCACAUAACUGAAAAGCCACAAUCAAAGACUGAAUCCAUAAUUGUGUACCAGAACGGAUUUCAUACAUAUAAAGCAAGUACUUUGGACAGCGAAUCGCAAACAAGUUAUGAAGAUAAUUUGAAACUGUAUACUUUGAAAAUAUCGCACGUUAUUGACCACUGGUUGAAUGAUUUUGGAUGUCAUAAAUUGAAUUUUUAUGAUAAGCCCGGUAGACAGGCAAUUAUAGACGACCUAGCACAAGAUAUAGUUGAUAGAUUCAAAUAUUUGGAACUAAAUCCACCUAAACAUUAUUUAUUCGAUGACAUAGAACACUUGAAAUACCAAGUAUUUAAAUUGAUUAGCAAGCUUACUGGAGAAAAUAAUUGGGCAUCGCUAGAAGCAGCACCCGAUUUGAUGAGAAGAAUAAUAAAAAUCCCGCUACCUGUCCUGAACUCUACAGAUGCACACAAUUUCAAAUAUGCAACUGAAAAUCACGAGAAAGAAACCGGAACGGACAAUCUACUAAGAAUUAUUUCAGAUAGAAGUUGUAGUACGGAAUCAUUUGAACAAACUUGUCGUCGAUGUUCUUCUUCACCUGAAACUUUAUGCACUGAAAAACCUAUUAUUAUGAAUACACCUAGACGAAUGAGUCAAUUGUCUAUGUUUGAAUCGUCAAAACUUAGUAGUCAACUUAGUAAUGUGACUACUGCAGAGCCAGCUCUAAAUAAAACUGUAAACUGUGAGAAUCCAGCAACAUUCUCGUCUGUUUAUGUAAGUUUCAAAGAACAGGAUAAUUUACAAGUUCCCAAUGCUAUAUCGUCUGACCCUAGCGCUUCACCUUCGAAUUUACUUACUCCUUCUAAAUCAGUCAAAGAACUGAAUAAUGAAUACGAUGAUUUUGUCAAAAACUGGAUACAUGAGAUACCUAUACCAUCGUCAACACCUGAAGAACAAAAUUUAGCUGAAAAACUGCGAUUAGGGAUUUAUAAUGCGGUCUGGAAAACAGUAGCCAAAUUAAAAAAUCAUCCUUCGAGUAUAUACAACCCAUUCCACUACCAAGAUUUAUUAGACGACGAACUCGAAGAUGUAUUUCAAUCGUUACCACAAACAGAAGAACUGCUGGCUAAGAAACAUUAUUUAAAAGUUCAAUUUAUUGAGAAAACUGUAAACACGAAUGAGCAGAUAAAAUCGUCUUUUGCUCCCGACAUACUUAAGCAAAAUUUAGUUCAUAAUAUACUUACACAUAUACCGAAAACAAGAACCGAUAUUGCCGACGAGAAUCCAGUAAAACUUCAUGAAGAGUUAGAAAUUCUUCAAUUGGCGGAGCUUUAUAUCCUCUAUGCAAGAUUUAAAGAUGAAGAUCAGCUAAAAGCGAAUGUGUUUAGAACAAAGCUAGUAAAACGACUUCAAGAGAUUGUCGACGAACUGAAAAGGACACAUCAAAAAGAACUCGAACAUAUUGAUAGAGAUUUGUACAUGAACGAACUAUUGUAUGCCAUGCAACAAGUGCCCUUACCAAGUGAUGAGACCAUAAAAGCUGAAGCUGAUGAAAUUUUGCUUGGAAUGGAAAUUGAACAAUGGAUGGGUUAUCUGCCUAUGGUUACUAUUGAAAACACGAGAGAAUUAUUCACUAGAAGAAGGCUUAAAGACAAGCUUGCUAAGAAAGUACACAACUUAGAAAAAUCAGUCAACGUUUCUAACAUCGAAGGUUCCAGAUUAUUAAAGAUGGAAAUUUCUGCUUUCUUAGAUAAACUACCAUUACAAAAAGACCAGAGUUUAAACUUAAACUUCAUGGUAGAUGAAUUGACUAAUCGUAUUAAAAAUAUGAAUAAUUACGGAACAGACAAGUUUAAUGCCACUGGACUUGAUAAUUUAAAUUUUGCAGAUUUUAGUAGACAAAUUCAAAAAGCAUCCAGUUAUAAUCAAAUGCCUGUACCAAAUGGACACCAGUCUAUAAAUACUUCAGCAGAUACUAAAAUCCCAAUUUCUGAAAGUGCAAGGUCUUCAGGAAACCAUGUUUCAAUUCCUUGUGCUCAACCGUGUAAUGGCAAUAACAAUGGCAAUAUAUAUGGCGUACAACAGGCAAUACCACCAGGAAUAAAUGCUCAGUUGUCAUCGGGACAGGUACCAAACGCUCCAUGUAAUGGAAAUAGCAGUGACAAGACAAUAAGUCUAUGGCAAAGUUCCAAUGAUGCAUCUGCAGCUGGUCAGUUGCAAGGUAUGCAGCCGAUAGGAAAUAUUACAACUGCGGGAGGAAACCGGAGUCAGUCAUUUGGACCGCCAUCAAAUUCUCUUCUUAGACCCCAGCAAGCAACCUCAUUGGGACCAGUGCAAUAUAUUCAACCAGGCCCUUUACAGCAACAGCCUCCUUCUGUAAUGGCAGACACUUCAGUAUACUUUGGACCGCGUUCAGCUGCUCCAAUUCAAAGUCCACAACGCUACACUUCAUUUGAGCAGCAAAACCCUGCAAGCUCAAGUUUUUAUCCAGGCCAGGAAAUAGACCAAUCAAACGUGCAACCACGUAGUUUCCAUGAAUGCGGAAGUCCACUUGUAGCUGGACGUCCCAAUGUCUUAGGCCAGCCAAGGAAUGUGAAUCAGUCUCAUCACGAGUCAGUGAAUUCAGCAGAUUAUCAUACCCUUCCUACGAGUCCCCAACAAAUAGGAAAUCCAUGUUCAGUUCGCCAAGCUGGCGUUCACAGCUUUGCGGAACAGUCGAGGCAAGCAAUUGAACCACCUAACCAAUUAGGACCACUGUUUUAUCGUUCCACUGACCCGCAAGGUAUUAAACGGUUCACUGAAGAAAAUAUGAGAAAUCGAUCACAGUCUGACAAUCAACAUAUUUCUCAGCAAAAUGUUUUAUCAGAAUUUCCUGCUUCUCAAGGUUCUUGUUCUCAAGGCAGGCCAGCCACCACUGGUCAAGUUAGUCCAUGUCCUGUUACUUGUUCAGCUCCAAAUGACAUGAAUGUCCAAGUACCCCCUUCGAAACCACCGUGCCCUGGAAAACACUGUCCAACUCUCAAAAGAGCCAUGGAAACCCAAUGCCCCGCAAAAGGUUGCUGCUUUCAUUACGACGACUGGGAUCAGGAAGAACUAAAUAUUCGUUGCAGAUGCUUAGAGAGAUUUAAAAGAAAUAGAAUUAGAAGAUUUGGGUGUAACCCAGUCUACACAUUUUCACCGUGCUUCUGUUUUCCUGAUAAUGUUUAGAUCUGCACGGAGUAUUUUUGGGUUUUUUGCCUAAUUUCUGUGGCUAUUUAAAUAUUCUAGUAUUAUACUAUUAUUUCAUAUUUCAUGACAUUACACCCUAUUAUUAAUAUAGUAUUUUGCGAUAAUAUUAUGGAAUACUUAAAUAAAAAUUUCCAGAACAUUAACCAAGAAGCCGUUCUUUCAAUCCACUACCCUGAGCUGAUGCUUCCCAACAUCUAAAGUUUCCUUAGCGUCUUU